UAUAACACACACCCAAAACGUUUCAGAAACCAGUUCAACACUUGGUGCUCUUCCGUUCAUCUCCAUCCAACUAUCUCUUGUCGUUCUCCGUGAAAAUGAAGCUCGUCGUCGCAACAUUCAUGCUUGUUUGCCUUGUUCUCGGCUCAUCUGUGUUUGAGACCACAAUGGCUGGUUCACCUUUCUGCGACUCAAAGUGUGGGGUGAGAUGUUCGAAAGCUGGAUACAUGGAUCGGUGCUUGAAGUACUGUGGAAUAUGCUGCGAGAAAUGCAACUGCGUUCCUUCUGGGACUUACGGAAACAAGGACGAAUGCCCUUGCUACAGGGACCUCAAGAACUCCAAGGGAAACCCCAAGUGCCCUUAAUCUCCGACAACAAACAACUUCAUCCAUGGUGGUUGCUAUUAUCUGUGGUACGGUGUUGGUUUAUCUAUAUUUAUUGUGUACUCCUCGGUUACUCGGACCCGUAAAAGAAAAUAAUAACAAAAGUUAAUGCACAUAGAGGCAUAGAGCUAUAUAAGUAGCUUAAUUAUUUCAUUCCGGUGUGAAUAAACGGAGGUCCGUACCGUUAUAUGUUAUGAAUUUCACUGUUUCAGGCUUGUUGGGUGCUUCA